CCCAGCCCCCGGGAAUCUCCAUUUUGGCUGCAGGUGUAGGCCAGGCCAGAGCCUACGGAAGAGCGGAACGGAGUUACCGCCAUUCGGAGAGCUGAGCCGGCUCACUGCACUCACCCCGCCUUCCUUCGCACGCAGGAGCCUCAGGCACUACUCAUGGCGGGCCUGGAAGUACUGUUCGCAUCGGCAGCGCCGGCCAUCACCUGCACGCAGGACGCGCUCGUCUGCUUCUUGCACUGGGAAGUGGUGACACACGGCUACUACAGCUUGGGUGCCAGUGACCAGCCACGUCCCGAUGAUAAGAAAUCAGAACUGCUGCCAGCUGGAUGGAACAACAAUAAAGACCUCUAUGUCCUCCGGUAUGAGUCUAAGGAUGGGUCCAGAAAGCUCCUUGUGAAAGCUGUCACCGUGGAGAGCAGCAUGAUCAUCAACGUGCUGGAAUAUGGCACACAGCAAGUGGCAGACUUGACCCUGAACUUAGAUGAUUAUAUCGAUGCAGAACACUUGGGUGACUUCCACAGGACGUACAAGAACAGUGAGGAGCUUCGGUCUCAUAUUUUUUCUGAAAUCAUCACACCUAUCCAAGAGCAGUGGGAGAAGGCUAAUGUAAACAGUCCCCCUCGGGAGUUCCCCCCUGCUACCGCCAGUGAGGUGGACCCACUCCGGAUUCCUUCACACCACCCUCACAGCAGCCGGCAGCCUCCCUGGUGUGAUCCCCUGGGCCCAUUUGCUGUCGGGGGAGAAGACCUAGACCCCUUUGGGUGUCGGAGAGGUGGCAUGAUUGUGGAUCCUCUGAGGUCUGGCUUCCCAAGAGCACUUAUUGACCCAUCGUCAGGCCUCCCAAAUCGGCUUCCUCCAGGUGCUGUGCCCCCAGGAGCUCGCUUUGACCCCUUUGGACCCAUUGGGACCAGCCCAUCUGGCCGGAGGCCUGACAGACGUGGGCAGUGAUGAGCCCUUGUGCUGGAGUGGAAAGAGCAUCAUAGAGCACCAGGCUAAGAGGCACGGAAUCAAGGCGCUAGUUACUUCCACUCCACAGCUAGCCUUUCAUCCAUGGCGGGUCCAUUUAUUUCUCCACUCUUUGGAUUCUCUUCCUCAAUUAGGAUGUAUGACUUAUCCAUAGGCAGCAGACUUUUCUGAGGUGUCUGCUAGGCGAUUUUCUAUAGCCUAAGAUUGAUUGCUCAGGUGAGAGUGAGUAGUAAACUAACCUGACACUUAAGCCUAGGGUCUCAGAUAGAGGCUACGCCUAGGUGGACAGGCUGGCAUGAGAAGCUCCCUAGGGAUUUCUGGCAGACCCAUGCCUAUCACUGAUUUAGUAAAAGACCGCAGAGACAGGGGAGCUGACCACUUUGAAGCCUUUAGAACAUCUUUGUUCUAGAGAAAGACCCAGAGAUCAGACCAAGGUGCAAAUGCAGUCACUGAUCAUCACCUUCAUCCUUGAAGGCUGGCAGAUGAAUGGAAUGUUUUGUUUCAGAAUUGGACCAUACCUUCAACCAAAAGGACUUAGAACAUGUUCUCAUAAAAACAUCCUUUAUUAUAAAAGGAAGUAUUUAAAGGGAUAUCAGACUAGAGACCACCAGACAGAGUGGGGAAAGUAUAUAACUUCUAAGACUUUGAGAUUUGAGGAAAAGGCAAAGCUUAAUCAAUUUUCCACUGAGAUUUUCUAGUGGCAAAGGUCAAAAAAAUAGUCAUACAUAAUUCUGUUCUCUGGAAACAAAAUGUAGUGAUUCGUCUGUAGAAUCAGCCAUUUUUUGUGGGGGUCUUCUUGCAUCAAGGACAUGGAGGAGUGUAGAUGAUGUGUUAGACAUUAUCUGGUAGGAAGUAAGUGGGGCCUCUAGGAACUUCCAGGCCAACCUGUUGGUGCUUGUUUUGGUUUGGGCCACUUCUCUCCUUUAAGAUAUGAGUAAUCACCAAGCAGCAAGUGGAAAUAUUUCAGGUGCAUGUGUUGUAGAACCAAAAAGAUUGGAGCCUUAACAAUAAACAUCAGCAUUUAAUAACUGAUUCUUUUUUUAAAUAACAGCUUUACUGAGAUAUAAUUCAUAUACCCUUAAAAGUUCACCCUCUUAAGGUAUACAAUUUGGUAUAUUCACAGUGUUGUACAUCCAUCACCAUAUAUAAUUCCUGAACAUUUUCACCACCUCCAAAAGAAACUUCAUAUCUAUUAUCAGUGACACCCCCAUUCCCCUUCCUCCCUGCCCCAGGCAACCACUAACAUCUAUCUCUAAGAGCUGUCUAUUCUGGACAGUUCUCAUAAAUGGAAUCACUUGAUACCUGGCCUUUGGUGUCUGGCUUCUUUCACUUAGCAUAGUAUUUUCACAAUUCAUUCACGAGCAUGUAGCAGUAUUUCAUUCCUUUUUAUAGCUGAAUAAUACAUUGUGUGGACAUAUUACAUUUGUUUAUCCAUUUAUCGGUUGAUGGGCAGUUGCAUUGUUUCUGCUUUUCAGCUGUAUUAUAAAUAAUGUUGCUAUGAACAUUCAUGUACAAGUUUUUGUGUUUUCAUUUCACUUGAGUCUGUACCAAGGAUUGUGAUUGCUGGAUCACAUGAUAACUUUAAGUUUUACUUUUUGAGGAACUGCCAGGCUGUUUUACACGGUAGCUACAUCAUUUUCCAUUCCCACCAGUAAUGUGUGAGGUUCUAGUUUCUCCACAUCCUCACCAACACUUGUUAUUCUUCAUGCUUACAGCUAUUCUAGUGAGUGUGAAGUGGCAUCUCACUGUGGUUUUGUUCUCCAUUUUUUUUUUUUUUUGGCCAGGAUCAGGUUUGAACCCGCCACCUCCAGUAUAUGGGGCCAGCACCCUACUUCUUUGAGCCACAGGCACCACCCAUUGUCCUCCAUUUUUUUAAGCGGGAGAACUUUGACCUAGACCAAGCGAGGCAGAGACCAGAGCCAGUCCCCCUUGGGGAGCAGACUAUGGUUUUGUUAAUAUCCACUGUCAGAUGACCAUCACUGAUGAGCUACAAAGGAGUUGGGUUUGACUUUUGGAGGUGGUUCUGGGUUGUGUGUGAUAUGGAGCACAUCAUCUCUAGGGAAGUUCUAUGACCUUUCUAGGUCUAGAGCCGUGUUUUUCAACCUUUUUUAUCUUACAGCACACUUGAACCUAUAGUUAAAUUUCCAAGGCACACUUAAAUGAUAUUGAUAAAAAAAAAAAAAGUGAAAAAAAUACUGUGCUUUGAACUUCUUUUGAAAAUAAAUUAAUGGUCUUUAAAAUUUUUCAUGGCACACCUAUCCUCUUACAGCACACCAGUGUGCCAUAACACACCAGUUGAAAAUCACUGGUCUAGAGAGAUUCACAGCAUCACUUUGGUCAUUGUUUAUCCAGUGACUUUAAAAGUAGAGCAAAAGUCUGUUUCUAAAUCAUUGUCUUUUGAUGCUGAAAUGCUGUAGUUCACUUGAACUGUUCCAGCCCCUACACCCCACCUUCUGCUCCUCGGCUUACCUCCUUCCCAGUUCUUAAAGGCCAGCUGUGUUUCUCCCUCAUUUACUGAUUAAUAAGCUCUUAUCAUGAGUCUUUUACGCUUACAAUGGAAACUACAUUCAUUUGCUGCAUGGUCAGUACCUAUUGACAUAUAGUUAGAAAAUGGCUAGUAAGUCCCACACACCCUCACUCUUUGGAACCCAGCUUCCCUCAUGGCCUGUCUUUCUAACAUCAUCUGUUACUACCAUGCCUCUUCCCAGGAAGAAAAUUGGAAUCUGUAGAGAAUUUCACAUUUUCUAUUACCUGUUCACCUAAUCUCGGCUGCUUUGAUACAAUUCUGAUAAGACAGGUCUCCCUGCUAAGGAGAGGAAAGAUUCCCUACAUGCAUUUCCCCAGUUUUCUGUCAUAACACUUGGAUGCGUAUAGGUCACUAUCAACUUUCUGCACCAAAGUAGAGACUCCAAGGCAGGUUUCUAAAGCCCCAGCUCUUGAUUGCCUUUAGGAUAACACAAGGCACAACCUUAGUCACUCCAGCCGUGCUUGGCCCUGACUCUACCCUGAACCGUGGAUCAGAGGCAAGGGUGGCAGGCAGGAUGGUGGGCAGUGGGAGGUGGUGAGACCCAGGUGACUGAGGAGAGACCUUAGAAUUCACAAAGCAAGUGAGAAGAGGUUUGAGCAGCCCACUGGUGGGAAGCGUAAAGGGGAAGACCUACCCUGUUUCCCCGAAAAUAAGACAGUGUCUUAUUUUAAGGUGUGCUCCCAAAGAU